AUGAAGCGGAAGAUAAAGGGUACCUACUACACCACUGUUGUCGCCGGCUCUAUGAGACCUAGGUCCAGGCACACUGUACAGGAAGUUGAAAUUGAAGUGUCUACAGGGAACAAGCAUGCUCACCUUUUUGGCAGCAGGUGUCUGAGGCAGAGGUUGCCGCUGCAAAGGCGAUCGAUCGAUCGUGCUGAACCCGGAACUGGUAGGGGAGUCCAGACGAGGGCCUUAAUCUGGUUUGAAAUGCUAAAGUCAUCAUGGCUGGGUACUCCGUACUUAGGUGGAACGCAGCAGACGCUAGCCUUGGAGUCUCGGCUCCAGCAAGAUGUAGUGCAUACAUCUGACGUCGCCCCUUACGCUAAGUCGAUGUCGAGACCAACACGAACAUGCUCUUCAUCUUGCGAGAUUAAUCCAAGAUAUAAGAUUGAUGCCCUUGCAGUGUUGCAACAGAUCGCAGUGCAUGGUGAUGACGUCGUCAAUCGUCACUCAAUCAUUGUCGACCUUACAUCGUCCUAUAGGACUUCCCAACUAUGA